AUGGACGACGUUACUGUCUUCUGCUCGGAUCAGCUGUCGGUGCACAGCCUGAUCAACAUCUGCGAUCAGUUCAAACCGGCCUCAGGAACCAAAGUAAAUCGUGAAGAGAGCACACAAUGUCAGGGAACGAAACAAGAAGGGUGUCUUUAUCCAGAACUUGCCAUCCGAAUGUCAAUGAAAGAUGUAGUGCUAGAGCUGGGAGACCUGGAGGCAGGGCGUGUAAUCACCGAUGCAAACAUUAUGACAAUCAUGAUUCUCUCCAGAGGAAAAUGUGGUCUUUCCAAAUGUAUCUCAGUCUACAUGGUGGCCAUGGCCACAGCAAAUCUACUGGUCAUGACCUUUAACGUAAUAAUAUAUUUGAUAUUCAAUUAUCACUUUCCAUACUCCUUCCUGUCUUACACGGCCGCCUGCAAGUUACUCCUGUACAUAACUUUUGUCAAUCUGGACAUGUCAGUGUGGUUCACAGUGUUCUUCACAUUCGACCGAUACGUUGCGAUCUGCCGUCAGGAGUUUAAGGGAAAAUAUUGCAAUAAAAGAAUUGCAACUACAGUCAUAGUAAUGGCCUCAAUCCUGUCAUUCAUAAAGGGUGUUCCUAUGUUCUUCUCCUACGAAGCUGAACGUGUAAUUAACAAUGUACAUUGGGGUUGCCGGUCAACACUGGCCGUUUAUACAUUACCCGCAUGGUCAGUGUACAGCUGGAUGCAGUCUACAUCAGUUGUCUUGCUUCCUUUUACUCUCUUGGUAUUGUUCAAUUCUUUGACUGUCGGACGUAUUUUAUUGGCCAAUAGGGUGCGCAGCAGGCUUCUGGGAAACAGCAUUGAGAGUCAACGUGAUCCAGAGGUGAUGAACAGAAGGAAAUCCAUCAUAUUACUCUUCAGUGUAUCAGGAAGUUUUAUACUUCUGUGGUUAACAGCUUUUGGGAGCUUUGCAGCCACCAGGUUGUCAAACAGCGUUUAUUAUCAGGGAGAUUACUCAAACCCUAGAUACAUCGCCACUGAAACUGGGUAUCUGUUCUCGAAUUUGAGUUCCUGCACAAACACGUGCAUUUAUGCAGUGACACAGAGGAAAUUUAGAGAAGAACUAACAACCGUGCUGAAAGCUCCUUGGGCACAAAUUCUCGAAUUGCUUAACUAUAAGAAACGAUUUUAA